AUUAAACCCAAAAACAAAAACACAAAAAAACAAAAACAAAUUCUAGAGAUGGAAAUGAAACUUCUCUCUACCUUCUUCCUUCUCUCUCUAGUGUUUGCAUGUGUUACCGAAGCAAGACCUAGCCCAGGAGAAUACUGGAAGAGCAGAAUGAACGGCGAGGCGAUGCCUAAAGCGCUGAUGGAUGUCGUUUCGGAUUCGGAUGUGAAAACGAGUCGCUUCGUUAAGGAUUUCGAUACGAAGCCGAAUGUUAUUAUAUACCACAGCAAUUAUCAUGCCAACAGUCAUGCUCAGGCACCGAAGCCUUGUUGAUAUCGAUCUGUCUGGCUGCGAAAAAUUAUUAUUUUUAAAAUAAUUAUUUGAUUACUAUUGUUUUUUCGAGAUGGUUUUAUGUGUGUGAAAUGUAACGUCUGGGUCGAGUUUGAGUUCGAGUUUAAUUUUAUUUCCACAUCCCUUUUGGUUUGCUAGGGAUUAUUUUAUAAUUUGGAAUAGUCCAAUCGUUUUUGUUUUUGGGUUUUCAAAGUGUUGCAGAAGAUGUAAGGUAUUUAUAUAAUCUAUAAAUUUCAGACAUUUUAUUAUGUGUUUAAACUUAUUUUUCUUACA